ACGGUACAGUCGAGUUAUCUCUAAACAACUGUACUGAGGGAGACAUGCUUGUAGAUGAUGGCCACGACCAGCGGGGGCGUUACGUUAUGGCCUACAGUUGUCACAGUGUGUCCGACAUGCGCUCUCGCUCUGUCUUGUGGUGAUCCACAUUAUUUUAUUAUCAUUACAUACACGUUUAUUUUCGUCCGGUUUUGGUGCUGUUUAAGUGUGGAAACCUGUUCUAAAAUAGUUUUCAACUCGACAUUGACGGUUCCUAAAUUAUAGGGUAUAAUGACAAAAGGUCAAGGUUGACAUUAUGCAUUUAAUAUCGAAUUUAGUGACAUUAUUAGUGCUGUGGGACAUAAUCCGUUGCCAAAACCACGUGGGAAUCAACAAUGGUCGCAACAACAACAACAGCAUCUCCAACAGCGACAUGUCACUUACCUUGGGACUGGACGAUUACUCCAACAAAAACAACAACAACAACAGCAGCACGACGAGGAUAUGUAGCAGCACCGACGUUCGCAACAAGGUGUCAAACCUGGAGGCGCUGCGGGGUUGCCGUGUAGUCGAGGGGUUCGUCCAGAUUGUGUUGAUAGAUCAUGCCAAUGACACAGACUAUGACGAGUUCUCCUUUCCUGAGCUGCGCGAAAUCACUCAGUAUCUUCUUUUCUACCGCGUGUCAGGACUGCGGAGUGUUGGCCAGCUGUUUCCAUCGCUCUCCGUCAUUCGGGGCAACGCUGUUUUCCAGGAUUACGCUCUCAUAAUCUAUGAGAUGUUCCACUUACAAGAGGUCGGGCUGCGCAGUCUCAUGGAUAUUACACGUGGUGCAGUACGCAUUGAGAAAAAUCCUAGUUUGUGUUUUCUGAAUACAAUUAACUGGGACCUGAUAGCUCGCUGGGAUGCUGUAAAGAACUACAUUUCCUACAACAAGAACCCUGAAGACUGUCCUGGUCAAUCUGUGUGUCUGGAGGCAGGUUGUCCUUUACAGUUGUGUUGGACCAGUACUGACUGCCAGAUACAGCCUGGAGGCUUGUUCAAACGCUGUGAUCCACAGUGCAUGGGAGGAUGUUCAGGUCCUGGGCCACAUAACUGUCAUUCAUGUCGCAAAUACCUCACAGUUGAGGGAGAAUGUGUCAGCAGCUGUCCCAACAAUACGUACAUUCAUCUCAAUCACAGAUGUGUCACAAGAGAUCACUGCCUAUCAUUAAUAGACCAUCGGCUUGAUUCCAGUGGAUCCAAAUUUGUAGUUUUCAAUGGGACAUGCAUACAAAAUUGCCCCCCAGGCUACGAUUUCACUAAAGACGGAAAGGGCUGUGAGAAGUGUGUAGGGAAAUGUCGGAAAGUGUGUCCAGGACUCAGCAUAACUAAUAUUGCUGCUGCACAGAACCUCAAAGGAUGUACUUUUAUAAACGGUUCACUGGAGAUUGCAAUAAAACACGGCAAACAUAAGAUACUAGUACAAGAGCUAGAAGAAGGUCUGCAGUCAAUAGAGCAAAUAAAGGGAUAUUUGAAAGUGAUAAGGUGUUUCCCCUUAGUGAAUCUAAAGUUCUUUAAAAGUUUGGAAAUCAUACAUGGCUACCAACCUCUACUUGAAAACGGCAAGUACUCGUUAAUCAUUUUAGAUAAUCAAAAUCUUCAAGAUUUAUGGGAUUUGAAUAUAAAUGGAACCGGUUUUAAAAUUUUAAACGGCAGAAUAUUUUUUCAUUACAAUCCAAAGUUGUGCUAUCACCACAUUUUGAAUCUUAUAAAUACUGCUAAUCUCACAGAUAUAAAUAAUUUUGAGGUUGCUCGGGAUUCAAAUGGUGAUAAAUUUUCUUGUAUCACCACAACUGUGAAUUUAACAUUUCCAUCAGUUGCAUCUACGUUGGUACUAAUCAAUAUAUGGUUGCCAAAUCAAAUGGGUCCCGUCUUACAACGAUACGUUCUCUAUUACACUGAGGCUCUCAGCAGGAAUAUGACAGUAUUUGAAGAAACAGACGAAUGUGAUGACGAUAGCUGGAAGGUAAGAGAUGUUCUGGUAUACUCUGACGUACAACCCUUACCCACAUUACAGCCCAAUCUGGAACCUUAUACACAAUAUGCCUUUUAUGUUAAAACCUACACAAAUAACAGUAUCGGUGGACAAAGUCCCAUCUAUUACAUUCAUACACUCCCUUCACAGCCUUCUAAAGUGUAUCUGAUACAUGCUGAAUCAAAUCACAGUUCGACCAUAGUACUUCAAUGGCAGCCCCCUGCACGGCCCAAUGGAAUCCUGUCUAGUUAUAUCAUACAAGGUAUCUGGCAGAGGGAUGAAAGAUCAAUAUUGUUUCAGAGAGAUUACUGCAACCAUCCUUUAGUUAAAGAUACCAGUGAACUCUCCACACCCGAUAUACUUACUAAUGUAGAGAAUGAAACGACAGGCUGCUGCCCAGAGAACACAAUAUCAUUUAAGCCAAGGAAUAUAUACGGAAGAUUGUGUGACAAUCCAGGACAACAUGUUUUAUCUUUUGACAAAGAUGAUGACACAGUAAGUAAUAGCUGUGACAAAUAUUUCUAUAAAAAUAUAAAUGCCUACCCUAACCGUCUACGAGGCAGCAGUGAAACUACACCUAAUAAUAAAAAUAACAGAAAGCAAAGAAAAGAACGAAAUACUAGUUUUGAAAGGGACACAACAAAUAAUUCCUAUUACGUUUACAGUGAGUCUGCAAAAGAUAUCGAUAAGAAGAAUUUCAUCAUAUAUGUUAAAAACGACACAACAUUUUUAGCUAUAAAAAAUCUCAAUCAUUUUACCAAGUUCACUAUUUUUAUAAGGGCUUGCAGAGAGACUUAUGGAAAUGAUCGUAGCGAUCAUGAUCCAAAGUGUAGUGAACCUGAAAUAGUGACAAUAAGGACAAUGGAAAAGAGAGAUGCUGAUCAGAUCGACAGCAGUCUGGUUAGUCAUGAAGUAAUUGAAGAGGGAGGAUUUGAAGUUCUGCUAUUGAGAUGGAUCGAACCAGAGAAUCCAAAUGGACUGUUGCUGGCUUUUGAAAUACAACACAAAAGAACAGAUUUAAAAAAUGCAAAGCCUACAAUCGAAUGUAUAACAUAUUUGGAUUACAUAAAGAAUAGCAAAGGUUUUACUCUUAAAAAUUUACAUCCAGGGGAAUAUGCUUUCCAAAUACGAGCAAUUUCUCUGGCAGGAACUGGUAGCUUCACAAAGGAGUUUGAAUUUGUAAUAGCCGAGAUUAGAAGUAAAUCAUAUUAUUUUUACAUACUGCUGGUGUUCAUAUUUUGUAUCGGUAUAUUCAUAGGAAGUGCACUAACUAUCAUUCUCAAGAGAAGGAGACAGUUAGAUUUGGAUACACUUUUAGCUUCUAUCAAUAACGAGCAAACAUCGUAUCCACUGUGUACAGAAGACUCUUGGGAAGUUCCAAGAGAACAAGUUCAUUUGAUCCGAGAACUCGGGAAAGGUACAUUCGGUCAGGUUUAUGAAGGCUUCUUAAGAUCUGUUAAUAUUCCUUGCGCUGUAAAAGUAGUCACCGAUUCAGCAGUUGCAAAUUCCGCUGCUUUCCACAAUGAAGUAACAGUGAUGAAGAGAGCAGCUGGGGUACAUCACGUGGUGCAGCUGCUGGGAGUCGUAUCUAGAGGAGAACCUCCAUUGAUCAUCAUGGAGUUGUUGACCUUGGGAGAUCUCAAGACGUAUCUGCGGUCCGUCAGGGAAACACCUCCACCCGAACAGACUGUCUUGCAAAUGACAGCUCAAAUUGCUGAUGCCAUGUUUUUCUUGGAAGCCAACAAAUUCGUCCAUCGUGACUUGGCAGCGAGGAACUGUUUGGUGCACAAAGAUCUUACAGUGAAAGUGGGGGACUUUGGUUUGACCAGAGACGUGUAUACGACGGACUAUUACAGGACAGGAGAGGGAGGAAUGCUGCCGGUAAGAUGGAUGGCUCCUGAGAGUCUCAGAGAUGGAGUGUUCACCAGUCGUUCAGAUGUCUGGAGCUACGGUGUUGUGGUGUGGGAGAUAGUAACCCUUGGAGAAUUACCUUACCCGGGUCUGACCAACGAGCAAGUGAGACAACAUGUCAUCUCAGGUAAACAUCUCCCCACUCCUGUCUUCUGCCCUGAGCCUCUCAGACAGAUCAUGGUGUGGUGCUGCCAGAAAGAACCUUCUUGUAGGCCCACCUUCUACAGACUCGUCUCUCAGUUGGAUAAGUAUACUAAUGAAGUUUUCAAAUGUGUAUCUUACUACUAUACUACUAAAAACUCAAACACAGACCCUCAACCACAAGUUACUUUGUAUUUUUAA